AUGGAGGAAUUGUCGUACAGAAAAUCGGUCGAUGAAAUAUUAACGGAUGAGGUCCUAACGGGGGAUAUUCUAGCAGAGUCGAUCCUGACGGAGGACAACCUGACGGAGGAAAUCCUGACGGAGGAGAUCCUAGCGGAGGAGAUGUUAGCAGAGGAGAUACUAACGGUGGAUGGCGUGUUACAAAAGUACGUGGGCGAGCUAGGCCCGUGUCAGAUCCGCCAUGCCGUGCUCGUCGCAUGUGCGUGGUCCCUCGAGGCGCUUUUCACGUUCAUCAUCAUCUUCACAGAGCGCAUGCCAGCGUGGCAUUGCACAGCACCCUCCUGCGUCGGGAAGACUCUCUGCCAGGUGGACGCGGAGCAGCAGCGUGACAUGUGGCAGCAGAAGGCAGGCCAGCAGGAGAAUGCCACGUGGCAGUGGUCAGAGCCAACAAGCGUUUCAGUGGUGUCAGAGUGGGGUCUCAUCUGUGGGCAACAGGCGCUGCUAGCAUGGAUCGACUCGGGAUACUUCAUGGGUUAUUGCGCCGGUUCGUGCUUCUUCGCGUUCCUCUCAGACGGCCCUCUGGGUCGCAAGCGCACUCUCCUCCUCGCGUCCCUCCUCGCCUCCCUCCUCACAACCCUCACAGCCCUCACGCCCUCCCCUCACUCGUACGCUCUCCUGCGUCUGCUCACCGGCAUCGCCACAUCAGGCCUGGGCAACACGUGCUACGUGCUUGCAGCAGAGCUCAUUGGGCCCAGCCACAGAGGACCAGCUUCCAUGCUUGUCAACCUCUCAUAUCCCUUUGGUCAAAUGCUCCUGCCUGCCCUCGCCGCGCUUGCCUCGGCGGUGGGUCCGGAAGAGGCCGAAGCAGUGUAUUGGUGGUGGCAGAAGGAGGCACCGGCAGGGAGAGUGGGUCCUGUGGUUGCUGCUGGGUCAGCGGCUGUGCUACACGCACCACCGGCAAGGUGGGAUGUAGCUGCACCAGAAGCAUCCGCCGCCCCGUCGUGGCGGCGCCUGUAUUUGCUUGCUGGAGGGGGAGUUGGCGGAGUGUACUGUGCGCUUCUCCUCCUCCCGCCGCUGCUGCUCGCCGUCCGGCCAAUCAUGUCCCAGCACGUGGCAAAAAUAAUGGGUUUCUUGGCCAGGAAAGACAUCCCUGCAGCGUCGAGAGUGGGUGUUGGAGGUGCGGGUAUUGCAGGAGGAGAUAGUUACGAUAGCAGUCAUCUUUUUGUGCCCCAGUCAGUGGAGGCGCAAGGCGAGAACACGGCAGGGGUAUUUGAGGAAGAAGCACAGGCAGUGGCCCAAGGAGGGGGGAGGAGAGGGGGGUGCAGCACAAGGGUGGAGACAGAAGCAGUAGCGGCCCUGGCAAGGUGGGGAGGAGGGGAGAGCAGGGCAGUUACUCAAGCAGCUGAGGUAGUUGUGAGGCGUCACAAGGCUCAGGGAGUGGUUUGGAAAGAGCUUAGAGCAGUUACAUGGGUGUGUGAGUCGCCGAAAUGGCUGCUGGAGAGGGGAGGAAGAGGGGGAGCACUGCAAGUGUUGCAGGGUCUGGCGAAGGGGAACGGCCGGGUGAUUCCUGCGGGGGUGGUGCUGGUUCCUGAUGUUUGGGCAGCUGGAAACUGUUCACCUGGUGGCUGCGUUGCUUCCUGUGCCGCCAGCACAGCUGGUGCAGCAGGCAGCACAGGCGGAGGUGCAGCCAGGGGGGAGUUGAGGGAGUCACCAUCACCCAGGGCGCAUCUGCACCGUCUGUCGCUCGGAGGUGAUGAGAGUGCAGCUGGGGGAGGUGGAACAGCAGGUGCAGCAGGCAGCACAGGUAGAGGAGGUGCAGGCAAGGGUGGGGGCUUGCAGGAGCUGCUGUGGUCGCGGGUUCACCUGCAGCGGCUGUGCCUCAUGGUACUGCUCUUCCUCACCUCCUCCUCUCUCUACAACGGCCUCACCCUCAACACCGCCAACCUCGCCACUGCUCUUGCGGACCAACUCGCAGCAGCAGGCAGCGGCGGCAGCAGCACCACUCUCACGAGCAGCAGCAGUGUGACGAGCAGCAUUGCAGCAGCGACGCAAAUGGGGGAGGAAGUGGCAGCGACAGGGGAGGCAGCAGGGGAAGCAGCAGUGGAAGCAGAAGAGAGCUGCUAA